CUUGCUUUAGUUUUGUUCAGUCAGCAAAUGGCGUCUAGGCGGAGGUGUACGUAAUUUUCCUGCGUAAAAGAUGAAUGAGUUACGCCGAAGCUCAAUGUAAUUGAUAUCUGCAAUACGACCUCGUCGAUAACAAGCAUCGUCCGACCAUUUAAUCGUUUGUGUAAAAAAGGAGGCAAAGCCAAUACAAGAAUAUAAACAAUGAACGAUGACCACGACCUGAAGGGCUCCGAUGGCCGAAACAUGUGGCCCCCAAUGGAUCCGGUAAAUCUGAGCCCUAAUCCCAAUCCCCAUGGACACAUCACCAUUCCAACAACCCCCCAAGGGACACCAAUCAACAUGAAUACCAUCGAAUAUGAUCUCCCAAUUGAACUAUCACAGAUAGGAUGGCGCAAGUUCUGGUCCAAACGUGAGAAUAGACCUUACUUUUGGAACAAACUAUCAGGAGAAAGCUUAUGGGAAAUGCCAGUGUUAAAGCCUCAAUUUGAUCCUUUGACGGAUCCACUUGGAAUACAGCAUGUGCCUCCACCACCAGCAGCAGCACCUGUACCCACAGCUACAGUAGCUAAAAGAAGACCUUCAGAUGAAAUUGUUGGUCCUCAAGCAAAGAAAUUUAUAUUAGCAGGCCCAUGGGAUCUUGAUAUUCCCACAAAUAUUGUAAUAUUUGAGCGACAACUAUACCCCAAUAUGCAUUCUCAUCCUGAAGUUGAGAUAUUUAGAUGCAGUCUCUUAAUGAAGCUCAGGCAGUGUUAUCAAGAAUUGUGCCACUCUAGGGAAUCAAUAGAUGCACCCAAAGACUCAUUCAACCGAUGGUUAAUGGAACGUAAAGUUAUUGAUAAUGGUUGUGAUCCUCUCUUGCCAAGCAACUGCUAUCCAGAAAUCUCAAUGGCCAUGUACAAAGAAAUUAUGAAUGAUAUACCUAUAAAGCUUGUCAGGCCCAAAUUCACUGGGGAUGCUAGGAAACAAUUAUCUCGGUAUGCUGAGGCUGCUAAAAAAAUUAUGGAAUCUCGUAAUGCUGAAGGGGAGAGCAGGAAAAUUGUUAAAUGGAAUGUGGAUGAAACUUUUCAAUGGCUAAGGAGAACUGUUGGAGCAACCUAUGAUGAUUAUCAAGAUAGGCUGGGUCAUUUAAAACAACAAUGUCAACCUCAUCUUACCUCCACAGUUCAAUCAUCAGUUGAGGGAAUCUGUAUGAAAAUAUACAAUUUAUCAGCAGAGUAUGCUAAAAAAGUAAAAGAAAAAUCUAAUGUAAUUUUGAAAGAGCAUGGGAUGGAACUGCCCCCACCUGGAAGUUCAGUGAUUAAUGCAAGCACAAGAAAGGUAUGGUGUUAUCCAGUGCAAUUCGCCAUACCAUGUCCCAGACUGCCAGUUGUUGAAUAUGUAUCAGAUAGAGAUCAAGCACUGCUCAGGUUUCAGGGAGAAACUUUGGCGGUAAACAGUACACAUCUACAAAAAUUGGAACACCUUUAUCGACACAGUUGUUUCGAUGAUCGAAAAUUUGAACUUUUCAUACCUAGGGUUUGGGUCUUGUUGAAAAGAUAUGCAACGUACUUUGGUAUUAAUCCAUUGCAACCAACGACCAACUCCGAUGUACAAGAUACCCAAGCGUCUCUGCCUGUAACGGUGUUUGAAUGUCUGCAAAAAAUGUUUGGUGUUACUUUCGAGUGCUUUGCAUCGCCACUGAAUUGCUAUUUCCGACAAUAUUGUUCUGCCUUUUCAGACUGCGACUCAUACUUUGGAAGUCGAGGGCCGUUUUUACAAUUGAAGGCUGUAUCAGGCUCGUUCGAAGUGCAUCCUCCUUACUGCGAAGAACUUAUGGAAUCAGCUGUCGAUCACAUAGAAAAAUUAUUAACCGAUAGCUUAGAACCAUUAAGUUUUGUUAUUUUAAUGCCGGAUUACCGAGAUCCAACGCCGAUAGCUUUAAUGCAUUUAGAAUCGAGUCAAUUUAAGAAGAAGCAAGUAACUGUACCAGCCUAUGAACAUGAAUUCAGGCAUGGUUUCCAGCACGUACUCACAAAAUCUCAACUGAAUACCAGAGUUGGACACGGAACAGUUAUAUUCUGGUUACAAAACGCAGCAGGUAACCAAAGAUGGGGGCCCACAGAGGAAAGAGUAGAAUCACUAUUGGAAGCUUUUAGGCCAGGCAGGGAAAGAGAAAGGGACAGACAGGAACUAUUGAGCCCUACGCGGCAAGGCUCUACUUCAGAUUCGAAGGAAGUAUUACUACAUUAAUAAUUCUGUAUUUUUGCUUUUCACUGCAGGCAGUGAGCGGGGAAACAGAUAUUUAUUAUGGUAGUACUAAACCACAACAUCCUUUUAUUUUACCAUUACCUACCAGAUGGAAUCGUACGUUCUAAACGUCGUCUAUUGUAUAUCAAGCGCUUUUCUUUACUUUUUUUCCCAUUUAUACAUAUAUAUAUAUAUAAUUUUAUCGCAUCACUCCUUUUUUUAUAUUUAUACGAAAAAUGUACCUGAGGUUUAUAAAUUGACGGAAUUUUUUUAUUUCGUGCGUGGGCGAAUGUGCAACUACUUGCAGCUUGUGUUUUAAUUGUUUCAAUUUUUAUUUUAUAUUAUUCAAUAUGAAACUGAAAAAUAUCACUGUAAAUAGAUCAUAAAAAAAAUAUUGCGAAAAUAAAUCAAAGUUGAGAUGGAAAGUGAAACGUUGUAAAUUUUGUAACAUAGCUAAUUUUAUUAUCUACAAAUCGUAACAAGUUAAUGGAGAGAAAACAUUAUUUAUAUUA